GUAGAGGUGCGAUCGCCGCGUUUCUCGGGCCAGGGCUGGCUGGCGUUCCCGGCGCUGCGCUCCGCCUACAAGCACGUGCAGCUGGAGCUGGAGUUCCGGCCGGAGGCCUGGGAUGGCAUCCUCUUCCUGACGGGCGAGCGCGACGACAUGGCGGGCGACUUCAUGGCCCUGCUGCUGCACCGCGGCUUCGUCGAGUUCCGAAGUGGUCAUGAAGGUGUGAAAGAUGAGAUACUAUCUGGAUCUGAUGCGAGUCCUAAGGUUCGACUGCGGUUCGGGCCUGGGCGUGGUGCGCUCGGAGGAGACGGUGCUGCUGAACCAGUGGAACCGCCUCACCCUCUACCGCCACCGCUGGGACGCCUGGAUCCAGCUCAACAACGGCAAGCACGUGGAGGGCCGCUCCAAGGUGAGUGGCGCGCUCUGGGCGGGAGCGAUCGCGCGGCGCGGCAGCAGCAGCAGCAGCAGCGACGGGCUAAUUGCAAUUCGCGCACGCGGUCGCGGCACGCCUCCGCCCUCGCCGAGCAAAUUACUAGCUCCCGAGGAUUCCUUGUUGCUUAG